GUUCUUGGAACAGAUGACGAGGGAGGGGGUGAAGGUGUAUAUAUUGAAGAACCCCUCCAGUCGUCGAUCAGAUUGCAGAUCAAGAUUCCCCAAGUCUUUUCUUUGUCAAGGCCGGAUUUAAUCCCUUAAACAACUUUCACCAUGUGUGAGGAGGAGGUCGCUGCCCUGGUUGUGGAUAACGGCUCCGGCAUGUGUAAGGCCGGCUUCGCGGGGGACGACGCGCCCAGGGCCGUCUUCCCGUCCAUCGUCGGGAGACCGAGGCAUCAGGGUGUGAUGGUAGGCAUGGGCCAGAAGGACAGUUACGUCGGCGACGAGGCCCAGAGCAAGAGGGGCAUUCUUACCCUGAAGUACCCGAUCGAACACGGCAUUAUAACCAACUGGGACGACAUGGAGAAGAUCUGGCACCACACCUUCUACAACGAGCUGCGUGUCGCCCCGGAGGAACACCCAGUUCUACUGUCUGAGGCUCCACUCAACCCCAAGGCUAACAGGGAAAAGAUGACACAGAUCAUGUUCGAGACGUUCAACACCCCCGCCAUGUACGUGGCUAUCCAAGCCGUGCUGUCCCUGUACGCCUCCGGCCGCACCACGGGGAUUGUUCUCGAUACCGGGGACGGCGUGACCCACACCGUGCCGAUCUACGAGGGGUAUGCCCUGCCGCACGCCAUCAUGAGGUUGGAUCUCGCCGGGCGGGACCUGACAGACUACCUCAUGAAGAUCUUGACAGAGCGAGGCUACUCGUUUGUCACAACAGCUGAGAGGGAAAUCGUCCGUGACAUCAAGGAGAAGCUGUGUUACGUCGCCCUGGACUUCGAGCAGGAGAUGGCGACGGCCGCUACCACAUCCAGCCUGGAGAAGAGCUACGAGCUGCCCGACGGCCAGGUCAUCACCAUCGGGAACGAGAGGUUCCGUGACCCUGAAACGCUUUUCCAGCCUUCUUUCAUCGGCAUGGAGUCGGCUGGCAUCCACGAGACCACGUACAACAGCAUCAUGAAGUGCGACAUCGACAUCCGUAAGGACCUGUACGCCAACACCGUGCUGUCCGGCGGCACCAGCAUGUUCCCCGGUAUCGCCGACCGUAUGCAGAAGGAGAUCACCGCCCUGGCACCCAGCACCAUGAAGAUCAAGAUCAUCGCUCCUCCCGAGAGGAAGUACUCCGUGUGGAUCGGCGGGUCCAUCCUGGCCUCCCUGUCCACCUUCCAACAGAUGUGGAUCAGCAAGCAAGAGUACGACGAGUCCGGGCCUUCUAUCGUCCACCGUAAAUGCUUCUUCUACACAUACCAAGUACCCACAAUGGAAGACGACGUUGCUGCACUUGUGAUCGACAACGGCUCCGGCAUGUGUAAGGCCGGCUUCGCGGGGGACGACGCGCCCAGGGCCGUCUUCCCGUCCAUCGUCGGCAGACCAAGGCAUCAGGGUGUGAUGGUCGGAAUGGGCCAGAAGGACAGCUAUGUCGGUGACGAGGCUCAGAGCAAGAGGGGCAUCCUGUCACUCAAGUACCCGAUCGAGCACGGCAUCGUCACCAACUGGGACGACAUGGAGAAGAUCUGGCACCACACCUUCUACAACGAGCUGCGUGUCGCCCCGGAGGAACAUCCAGUUCUCCUGACGGAGGCACCACUCAACCCCAAGGCUAACAGGGAAAAGAUGACACAGCUUAUGUUCGAGACGUUCAACACCCCCGCCAUGUACGUGGCCAUCCAAGCCGUGCUGUCCCUGUACGCCUCCGGCCGCACCACGGGGAUCGUGAUGGACUCCGGGGACGGCGUGACCCACACCGUGCCGAUCUACGAGGGGUACGCCCUGCCGCACGCCAUCCUGCGUCUGGACCUGGCCGGGAGGGACCUGACAGACUACCUGAUGAAGAUCCUGACAGAGCGCGGUUACACCUUCGUCACAACAGCUGAGAGGGAAAUCGUCCGUGACAUCAAGGAGAAGCUGUGUUACGUCGCCCUGGACUUCGAGCAGGAGAUGGCGACGGCCGCCUCCAGUUCUAGUCUGGAGAAGAGCUACGAGCUGCCCGACGGCCAGGUCAUCACCAUCGGGAACGAGAGGUUCCGCUGCCCGGAGACACUGUUCCAGCCAUCCUUCAUCGGUAUGGAGUCAACUGGCAUCCACGAGACCACGUACAACAGCAUCAUGAAGUGCGACAUCGACAUCCGUAAGGACCUGUACGCCAACACCGUGCUGUCCGGCGGCACCAGCAUGUUCCCCGGUAUCGCCGACCGUAUGCAGAAGGAGAUCACCGCCCUGGCACCCAGCACCAUGAAGAUCAAGAUCAUCGCUCCUCCCGAGAGGAAGUACUCCGUGUGGAUCGGCGGGUCCAUCCUGGCCUCCCUGUCCACCUUCCAACAGAUGUGGAUCAGCAAGCAAGAGUACGACGAGUCCGGGCCUUCUAUCGUCCACCGUAAAUGCUUCUAAACAUA